ACGGUUGAGAAGGACCGCGCCCGAUUCAUCGGAGGACACCUGUCGUGGUUUCCUUUUUGGUCCAAAGCCAUUCCAGUUGAGGGUUGAGAGAAUCGGGGCAUCUUCCAAUUCAACAUAAACGUGAGACCCAGCUGUUCAGCCAAGAAGCGCUGUGCAUCCAGCCCGUGACACCUCCCUAAGGGACGACACAACAUCGGACUACUUGAACUUCCACUAAGAUUGGACUGCUAGGUCCGCGAGGAAGAUAAAUUGGAUGGUGCCCUCGCCGUGUUCAGCAAACGAAUCGACCACCAUCAGCAAAGAGCCUUGACUAAGGAGCUCGACCUCCCUCCUCCCCGUCCUGGGAUCUUCAAUACCUCCUUGCGUUCUUUCGGUCAACUUGCAGAGGCCACUUCCCCCACCGCCAACAUGGCUCCGUACAUACAGGAGCCGGACAUGCUGUCCAGCUCUGGGUACUGGGUUGUAGAUAGGAGGAUUAUGAUUGCAAUACCCGAUUCCAGCGACCACGUGAAUCCACAAAGGCUUGCUAUUGAAUCACCGAAGCAUGUCAUCAAACACUCGCUGAUGGAGGCAAAUCCACCGCUUGAUACAGUCCAUGACCUAUCAUUUGGGGUGGAACUAAAGUUCUUGCUCCCUCUCCUUGUCCAGGGUGAAGAAGAUCCGCAACCCGAAGACCACAGAGAGGUCAGCAUGACACAGCUGAAAGACAGCGAAGCCACUCGGCGGGAACAGAUUUAUGAAUCCAUCGCCAAAUCCAUAAGCCAAGCGGGGGAGAAGUCGACAACCAUCUCUCGGAUCACAAAAGAUGCAAGCCACGAGCGGGCAUUCUGGAAGUCGCACUGGAUCGUGAAGAAAGCCAACUCGGCCGAACCCACACCAGAGCAAGCCAAUCUAGAGGGCUAUGUGUGGCUGUCUGUCGAAGUAAGCUCGCCAUCACUGCCAGCUAAAGAUGCCGAGACCAAGCCUCGGAUCGAGGCAGUAUUGCGCUCGCUCUUUUCGGGCCACCGUCUGGUCGCAAACUACACUUGCGAAGUGCACGUCCACAUCGGACGCACAGACGGACAGUCCUUCAGUCUGGCCACUUUGAAAAGACUAGGGACGCUGCUGUGGAUGGGCGAAGAGCAGAUGCGAAGUAUCAGAAAUCCAAGGUCGCCCAACUAUCACAAUGUGUAUACGUGGGGAUUCGAGACACGAAAAUACAGUCGCCUGGCUUCGAGGGCUCAAGAACUCGUACUCCGAGAGCAUGGGUCGGCGACUUGCCAAGACGGGGUGCUGGUCGAAGAUUGGCAGGUGGCCGAAGUGCUCAAGACCCAUCCGGAAAUGCAGACCAAGGACCGAAAGGCCAUCGAGGAGCUGUGGAAAGCAGGAUCGCAUAUGGAGCUGGGACGGUUGUUGUCGGGAGAAAAGAAGCCCUAUCGACGACUCGGUUUCAACUUUAGCGCCUUCGGUCUGGAGGACGAACGGGCGCGGAAUAAUCCUCGGACCAUGGAGUUCCGCAUGAUGGAAGGAACAACCAACAUCAAUUAUAUACUGGGCUGGCUGUCCAUCUGCAAUGCCUUGGCUGAGGUGGCGGUCUUGAGGUCGGACGGUCGGUACCUCAUGGUGUUGGAUCGGUUGAUAGGACAUCGACACGCCCGGUCAUGGUCAGUUGGAGCUCAGCGAGAGACCGAUUCGGAGACGCAGGGGCAGAGAUGCGGUCGGGAGUUUCGAGAGAUCAUGGAUGACUUGGGUGUUCCACGAGACCUCUAUCGAGAUCUAGAAGCGAAGGUGACACUCUACUUUGUUAGCAUCCAUGGGCAGGGCUCGAACGGAAAGGAAUCGGUUGCAUUGGACGCGUAGAGGUAGACGGGAGAGGCCAUUGAAUGAGGGCGGAGGACCGCGAAAGAAGGAGAACAGGAGCCGAGGGUGAGGAAGGUUUCCAUCUGAAGAGCACUGCAAUCUUUCAGUUAUGUCAAAGAAGCAAAAGGAAGUCGUACGGUGGAAGGAAGCAGAUCGUGCCAGAUAGACUGCAGUGGUCGAAAGAGGAAGGAGGUCUUGGGGGGGUGGGGGGUUAAAGCGUACAAUAUAAGACUGGUAUGUUUGUUAGUUUGGUUCUUCGGCCAUAGGUUGAAC